UCGAACACCACAACGUGUACACAAUGUGAUUGGUAGCACUGGAGAUAUACGACGCCAACGACAUCUAUUGGCAAAAUACGAAAAAACUUUUUAGACUACCCAAUAUAUUAGAAAUAACAUAAAUUGAAAAAAGGACAUCAUUAAUUACUGCCUUUGCUCACUAACGAUAACUCGUAAAGAGCAGUUGUUAUUUGUGGUAACACUGGCACCGGCUUAUGUUUUGGCAUUCAAUCAGCGAUUUAAAUCCUCGUUCAGCCUCGCAAGAACAAUUAUGGAUGUUGAGCCUAUAACAACCGUAAGCCCUGAUUUGGAACAUCCAGAUGAUGCUCAAUACAUAUGGUUACCCAUUUUGGUAUUGGUGGGAGUAGUUCUGCUUGCUGGUUUGGUAUAUGUGAUGUCACGUAGCCGCCGUUCAUUCAAUUUUAUAUGCUUCAAGCGCCGUAAUGCCACUCGCAAUGGCUACACAAAUGUUGACGACGACGACUCAGAUGUAUCCAUGGCUGGAGCAGACGAACCAAAUGCAAUUACCAGUCUGCUUGAUGCACGCUUGCAUAUCGAACCUGUACAGCGUACAGGAAGCUAUGCCCAAUCAAAUCAAGCGUAUCUGGAUGCAAACGAUAUUGCGUUGCGUGUCUAAUUAAGUACCAAAAUUAGGAAAUGCAGAAGUAAGAAAGACUAAACUCUAGCUUAGAUUAGAGUAUAAACUUUUAUUUUAUUGUCUAUGUUAUCAGUUUGCCUUUGAUAUCAGCAUAAGUUAUAUCUAAAUGUUCCACAGACUUUUGUACAUUCACUAAAAAAUAUGUGCCUAUUUAAGCUGUUAAUCAGCAGCAUUUGCAGCGCUCAAUAAACGCGUUGUUAGAUCGUAAAAGCCAAAGAAAAACGCCCCGCCCAGUGUUAUCCACAGAACGCGGGGUACAAUGCCGGCAAACAACCUGGAAUAUGUAUAAGAAUAAAUAUUUAUAUUAAGUCAGCAUA